UUCCAGUGCUGGAAGCCUGGUGAUGCUGUCAGAUGCUUUGAUAAGCAGUAUGAAUACAGAGGCAGGUGCUGCAACCGGUGUCAUCCAGCUUCACCUCUGUGUCACUCCAGUGCUAGAGCAACUAGGAGCCUCACGGGUGCUCUGGGAGACCCCCUGGACUUCCCCGAAUCUGCCACAACUCUCUUGGGACUGUCUGUGCUCCUGCAGCUGCAGGACCCCAGGGCACAGGCAGCUUGCAGGGAGACUGCUGCCACUGCCAAAUUGUGAUGUUAUUUUCAGCUCCUGCUUUUACUGCAGAUCAUUUCCCAGCCCCUAAAGGCAGUAAAUGCCCCCGCACCCCGUGCUCUCCUGCCCCAGCACCAAUCACCCCUCUGCAGUGGGGAGCUGGUCCCUGCAGCCCUGGCUGCCAGAGCAGCAUCAGCACUCACCGUUGCCAGUGCUCCCAUCUCCCACUAGCAGAGCUACUGCCUGGGGAGGGGGAAGCCCCCUUGCGCCUCCUCACACCCUUCUCACUUCCUCUAUUGCAGGGGAAAAGCUGGUCUCUGAAUGCAGUGACACAGAGGACUCUAUCUGCACCCCCUGUGAGAGUGGCCACUACCAGCGGAGCUGGACCAAGGAGAAGCAUUGUGCCCCCCAUGAUAUCUGUGAAGACAACACUGGCCUCAUCGUGAAGACGCAUGGCAACGCAACGCACAACACGGUGUGCCAGUGCCGGGCCGGCACGCACUGCUCUGACACCAGCUGCCAGACCUGCGUGGAGAACCAGCCCUGCCAGCGUGGCUUCGGCUUUGUGGCGGCCAAAGCCAUGGCCCGGAUGACAUCCCCCUGUGAGCCCUGUGCAGAAGGCACCUUCUCCAAUGUCUCUUCCAAAACAGAGCCAUGCCAUCCCUGGACAAGCUGUGAGGAAAAAGGGCUGAUGGUGAAGGUGAAAGGGACCAACGCCUCAGAUGUGAUCUGUGAGUCGGGCAGGCGGUCCUCACUCUCGGUGCUCAUCCCCAUUGCUGCCGUGGCUGUCCCAUGCCUCGUGGUCAUCUCCAUCUACUACUACCUGGUGCACAGGGAUCCCAAGCAACAGAUGCAGAAACAGGGAAAACCUGGGAAGCCUGAGGAGAACCUGGAGACACAUCAGCCCACUGAGGAGUGGGAGGAUCCCUUCCCUGUGCAGGAGACGUUGCUCAGGUGCCAGCCCGUGGCACAGGAGGACGGCAAGGAGAGCCGCAUCGCCGAGCAGGAGAGGCUGUGAAGGGGCCGGGCGCUGCCCCGGCCACCAGCGCGCACCGGGGCCAGCGCCAUCUCCUCUGUUCCCGCUCCAGCCUGGGAGAAAUGUGGCACCUGGGCUGGCCACAGGCGCUCUGACACCGCAGCAGAGCACGGCGCGGCCAGCGCCACCGAGGCCCCACAGCAGCGCCCCGCUGCCGGCACCGGGACGCGGAGCGGAGCCCGCUGCCGCGGCAGAGCACGGCUGCUGACGCCGAGACCCUGCGGCGGGGCCCGGUCAGGCCGAGAACCGGAGCGGCGGGUGCGGGACCGGGGCGCCCCGCGCUGCCGGCGGCUCCGCGCGGACAAGGGCAGCACGCGCUGCC